GCAUUCCCUCCUUGGCUGCGCCUCCGCUGCCCGCUCCUCUGCGCUCUCUCAGGUUCUGGAGCGCGUUUUUCAGGCCGGGGUGUGGUGGGCGGGAGAGGCACACUCUGAACCAAUUGGAGUAGCCGCCCUCUGAGGCUGAAGGACGCCCCCACCAAUAGGUGCGCGGCGGGCUCUUUCCCCGCUUCUGAUUGGUGGGGCUGCUGGGCGGGGAGACUGGGCAGGGUCCCGGGAGGCUGAGUUCCGCGCGGGCCGGGUAAUGUGCUUCCCGGGGUCGCUGGUCCGGCCGCCCGAGGGAGGGUCCCGGGAGGUAAGAAGUGCUGUGCGGACUGGACCGGAGCGGCUGCAGCCUGGGCCCUCACCCCGUGCCUGGCGGAGCCCUCUCUCGCUGGUGGGCACGGAAGAUGCUCUUCUGCAGCAGCUGGCCGACUCGAUGCUCAAGGAGGACUGCGCCUCGGAGCUGAAGGUCCACCUGGCAAGGUCCCUCCCUCUGCCCUCUAAUGUGAAUCGGCCCCGAAUUGACCUGAUCGUAUUCGUGGUCAACCUUCACAGCAAAUACAGCCUCCGGAACGUGGAGGAGUCCCUGCACCAUGUGGACACCACCUUCUUCCUCGGGAAGGUGGGCUUCCUCAUCACAGGCGCUGCCAAGGCAGACAUUCCAGCCCGCGGCCCCCACGGUUUCUCCGCAGCUGGGCGGGAGGGCCACUGCAGCAUUCACCGGAACACCGUCGUGAGGCUGGCCCGCACCUACCGGAGCCCUCUGCUCUUCUGCGACCUGGAGGUGGAAGGCUUUCGAGCCACGGUGGCCCAGCGCCUGGUACGCAUGCUGCAGAUCUGCGCGGGCCACGUGCCCGGUGUCUCGGCCCUGAACCUGCUGUCCCUGCUGAGGAGCUCUGAGAACCCCGCCCUGGAGGACGUGUGAGAGCCGCCGGCCCCCCGAGCUGGCCCUCCCCACGGCCCGGUGCCUGGCGCGGGAGACUUCCGCUGUUGCCUGCCGGGCUCUGGGUCAGCGGUCGGUUCCCCGCACGGCCCAGCCUCGGAGCCCCGCUGGUGGGAAUGCAGCCCCCUCCCCGCCAUGCUCUUCAUCCACUGGCCGGGCUCCCUC